AUGUUGAGGGUUAGAAGAAGCAUCGUUGCAACCAACAGUGUUUCCAGUAUAGCCAAGAGAACUCUUGCUACUCAAGGUUUUACUUACCAGGUACCUCAAGAGUUUGAAUCGAGGACCCCGCCAUAUGCAAAGCUAGUCAACAAACUCUCUACCGUUAAAAAGCUUCUCAAUGAUCAACCAUUGACACUUGCUGAGAAGAUCUUGUACUCGCAUCUUUGCAAUCCAGAGGACACAUUCACUCCUGGUUCCAAACUAUCAGAUGUACGUGGACAACAGUACUUGAAGUUAAAUCCCGAUAGAGUCGCUAUGCAAGAUGCCUCGGCACAAAUGGCCUUGCUCCAAUUUAUGACAUGCGGUAUGAGCUCAACCGCAGUCCCUGCAUCGAUCCAUUGCGACCACUUGAUUGUUGGUAAGGAUGGAGCAGACUCAGAUUUGACAAAAUCCAUUGCCACAAACAAAGAGGUGUUUGAUUUCCUACAAAGUUGUGGAGAGAAAUACGGUAUCCAAUUCUGGGGCCCUGGCUCUGGUAUCAUCCACCAAAUUGUGUUGGAAAACUUUUCCGCUCCCGGUUUGAUGAUGUUGGGUACUGAUUCCCAUACUCCAAAUGCCGGUGGUUUGGGCGCCAUUGCAAUUGGUGUAGGUGGUGCCGAUGCAGUUGACGCAUUAACAGGUACCCCAUGGGAAUUGAAAGCUCCAAAAGUCAUGGGUGUUAAGUUGACCGGUCAAUUAUCCGGAUGGACAUCUCCAAAGGAUGUGAUCACCAAAUUGGCUGGUAUCUUGACCGUGAGAGGUGGUACUGGAUUCAUUGUUGAAUAUUUCGGAGACGGUGUUUCAAACUUGUCCUGUACAGGUAUGGCAACAAUCACCAAUAUGGGUGCCGAAAUCGGUGCUACUACGUCCUUGUUCCCAUACCAAGAGGCCCACAAGCGCUAUCUCGCGCAAACUAAUAGAGAGCCUAUUGCACAAGCUGCCGAUGCUGUCAAUAAGCAAUUCAAAUUCUUACAAGCUGACGAAGGUGCAGAAUACGACAAAGUUGUUGAGAUAAACUUGUCUGAACUUGAGCCACACGUCAAUGGCCCAUUCACUCCAGACUUGUCCACACCAAUAUCCAAGUUUGGCGAAACUGCAAAGAAGGAAGGUUGGCCAGAAACUGUUUCUGCUGGUCUUAUUGGAUCAUGUACCAACUCCUCAUACCAAGAUAUGUCACGAGCGGUUUCCAUCAUUAAGCAGGCAGAAGCUGUUGGUCUCAAGCCCAAGAUUCCCUUCUUUGUCACUCCAGGUUCAGAGCAGAUCCGUGCCACAAUUGAACGUGAUGGACUUAUCAACACUUUUGAAGCCAAUGGUGCCAUUGUGCUCGCAAAUGCAUGUGGGCCAUGUAUUGGACAAUGGGACCGUUCUGAUGUUCCAAAGACUUCUACCGAGUCCAACGCCAUCUUUACCUCAUUUAACAGAAAUUUCCGUGCAAGAAAUGAUGGAAACAGAAACACAAUGAACUUUUUGACCUCACCAGAUAUGGUCACCGCAAUGAUUUACUCUGGAGAUGCCAGCUUUAACCCUGUAACUGACUCGAUUAAAUUACCCAACGGUGAAAGUUUCAAAUUCCAGCCACCAAAAGGUGAAGAUUUGCCACAACAAGGAUUUAUAAAGGGUCGUUCUGAAUUUUACCCCGAGGCAAAUCCACAACCAAAACCAGAAGUUCCUAUAAAUGUUAGCCCCGAGUCCGAUAGAUUGCAAUUAUUAGAGCCAUUCCAGCCGUGGUCAGGCGAGGAACUUAAAACUAAUGUUCUUUUGAAAGUCGAAGGUAAAUGUACCACUGAUCAUAUCUCAGCAGCUGGUGCAUGGUUGAAAUACAAAGGUCACCUUGAAAACAUUUCAUACAAUACUUUGAUUGGUGCUGUCAAUAAGGAGACUGGUGAGGUGAAUAAAGCAUACGACUUGAAUGGUGAUCAAUUCGGUAUUCCUGAACUUAUGAUGAAGUGGAAGGCUGACAAUAGACCAUGGAUCGUUGUGGCAGAGCACAAUUACGGUGAAGGUUCUGCUAGAGAACACGCUGCAUUAUCACCAAGAUUCCUCGGUGGAUCUAUUGUGUUGGUCAAGUCCUUUGCAAGAAUUCACGAAACCAAUUUGAAGAAACAAGGUAUGUUGCCAUUGACAUUUGCCAAUGAAGCAGACUACGAUAAGAUCAAGGCUGGUGAUUUGAUCGAAACCGUGGACUUGAAGGAUAUGGUUGCCAAGGAUGGAAACAAUGGCGGUGAAUUGAAAUUGAGAGUCACGCCUAAAGAUGGUGGUGCUGAAAAGGCUUUUGAAAUUACUGCUAAACACACGAUGUCCAAGGACCAAGUGGAUUUCUUCAAGGCAGGCUCAGCAAUCAACCACAUUGGUAAUUUAAAGAAAGCCGAAGAACAAGCAUAA